AUGGACGAGGAACACGUCUCCGUCACUGAUGGCGUUCUCACUCUGACUGCUGAGCCACGAGAUGAUCAAGAAGACCCCAUUCAUUAUCUCUCUGGAGCAAUUCACGCCAAAUCAACAUUCACUGUUUCUGCUGGUGGUGGUUAUGAUAUCAGUGCUGAGUUCAUUGCUCCAGUUGAUAAAGGAACCUGGCCUGCUUUCUGGCUCAAUGCUGCGAGUGGAUGGCCGCCCGAGAUUGAUAUUGCAGAGUGGAAAGGCUCUGGGAAGAUUUCUUUCAACACAUUCAAUACCUCUAAUGAGGUAACUGCACUUGAUAGGGACUAUCCUAAUCCCGAGGAAUGGCACUCUGUUCGUGCUGAACUGCGUGAUGAGAACGGUCAUGAUGUGAGAGUCAAGUUCUUCCUCGAUGGUGUUGAGCAGACUACGCAAUAUGGUCGUGACUACAUCGGGGCGGGUUUGCGUCUGAUCGUCAACUAUCAGACUGAAGGAUCUUCUGGAUCACCUGGUCCCACAACGCCGACAACUUUUCAAGUUCGAAAUGUUGAGGUCAUCAGUCUCAACUAG